GUUCUCUGCCUGCGGACACUCAGUGAUGUCAGAGCAGUUCAACAGAACACUGUGUGUGUGUGUGUGUGUGUGUGUGUGUGUGUGUGUGUGUGAGAGAGAUAGAUAGAGAGAGAGAGAGAGAGUCAAAGAGUGGCCCUUGACAAUGAGAGUGUGUUUUUAUUUGAGUGUGGUUAUGUAUGAGGCAAUGGAUGUGAAGAUGAUACCAAGCAAAACAUGAAGGUUUUGGCAUACAUGCACAUAUACAGAGAACGAAAGAGAGAUAGAAAAAGGCACAGAAGAAGAAAAUGACUGUCGUCCAGUAAUGCAAGUUAUUAUUUCUGGGAUUCUGAGCUUUAAUCUGAUCAGACAUGCUGGACUAACCCUGGACACGCUGACAGGAGGAACGCUCUAGAAACCAUGACAGGUGUUGUCUUUGCAUUAUCCAGCCUGUUAUUACUCCAGACAGUCUCCUCUUGCCCCAAAGAGUGCUUGUGUGACACUCACACCAAAGUGGUGGACUGCCGGGGACGAGGACUGUAUGAUGUUCCACGUCAACUCCAUCAAGACACCCUGGAGCUGUAUCUCCAAAAUAACCGUCUCCGAGGCCUGGGCUCCAUGUCCUUUAGAGAGACACCACAACUUCAAAUUCUGGACCUGGCCAACAAUUCAAUCACAAUGCUUUCCCCCAGUGCCCUUCUGGGACUUAGAAGCUUGAAGGUCCUCAGCCUGGCCAAUAACUCUAUCCGGGAGGUGGACCGGCGCCUUCUGGUGUCAAUAAGAAAUCUAACUACAUUGGACCUGUCCUUUAACACCAUAGGUGGUCUACCUGGAGCUCUUGCUGAUAGUUUCCACUAUCUUACCCAUCUGUCUCUCCAUCACAAUCGGCUAACUAAGCUGGACCGUAUACACCUGGAGGCUCUCGGAAAUCUGAAAUUUCUGCAACUGAAGGGCAAUCCUUGGAGAUGUGACUGUCAUCUCAUAGGACUCAAACUAUGGUUGGAGACGUUUGCCUUCAAAGGUGGAGUGGUCGACAGCAUCACGUGCGUCCAGCCUCAUCUCAUGCUGGAGCGAGACCUCCGGCACAUUCCCUACGAGCUUUUCCACGCCUGCAUGAUCACCAGCUACAGCUACAUGUUCGCCAACAUCCACUACCUGGACGGCAAGCACCGAAUGCUCAGCGGACAGCUCCAUCCGAGCCCCAGAGCGCCGUCCGGGAGUGAUUUCAGCCCCCCGGGAGAGGCCAUACUCCCCGAGUGUGAGGCCAAGCAGAGACCCCGGCCUGCGAACUACAGACACGCCAUAGCCACAGUCGUCAUCACGGGAGUGAUUUGUGGAAUCGUGUGUUUGAUGAUGUUGGCAGCAGCUGUUUACGGAUGUGCGUAUGCAGCAAUUAACGCCAAGUAUCAAAGAGAGCUGAAGCAGAAAGCAAAAGAGGCGGGUGUAGGAGAAGAGCGGAAAAACAUUGAAAGAGAGGAGAAGAAGGAACCGCUGGAGUGAUGAGAAGACAAAUACACAUCAAUGAUGCACUCCACAGUAUCCACAUACAGUUGUGUACCUAAGUUCUUUUAAGGCUAGUCGGUGCACUUGGAAGCCAUACUGGCGAUGUCCCCGGGCAGCUAUUUUCUAGUCAUGCAAAUACAGCUCCUACCUAAAAGGGAAAGAUGGUUUAUCAAGAUAGCAUACGCUUCUUCUUUAGCCUCAAUCAGGCUGGGAAAGCUGUAUUUUUCAGGCUGCUAAAGCAAAUGCACAUGCACUAGAGUAAAACCAAUAGGCGAUACUUCUGGUAAAAAGGCAGUUGGCUCUUUGUCAAUCCAAACAAACAUUACAAGACUACAUGUCCUGCUGUUUCAAAGGACAAGUUUGCAGAUUUUCAACUUGUAGCUUUGUAUUGUCAGUAGUGUAUGUGUUACCUGCAACCAGAUAUUCCCAUUUAUUUAACUUUUGACAGCUCCAAGGCAGAUCAUACUUCUGUCCAGUGCAUUAGUGAAAGUUUUUGGUGAAAGGGAACACCACAGCUCUUUUUCUCAUUUUUCUUUAGUCGUGUAGAACCAGUUUAAAAAACUCCUUUUAACUGCAUAGAUAACAAACAUUUUAUUAAAAGCCCAUCUUGCCAACAGUGAAUUACCCUUUUAAUUGUGCAACAAAAUGCCACAACAUUGUAAAUUCCACCACAAAUAUUUCAAAUAUAUUCAAAUAUUUGUAAAAUCAACCACAAACGGGAAAGAGAAUGAUUAGAGGUUCAGGGGUCGGCAACCUUUUUUGUCAUGAAGUGCCAUUUUCUUUAAAAAUUUGUUUAUUGAGAUGUGUAAAGUUUCCUAGUUAAUCACUGUGAUUAAUCCACCACACAUAAUCAUAUUUUAAAAGUUCAUAGCAGCUUAUUUGAAAGAUUAACACACUUUACUGUUGAAACCUGAAGAUAAAACACGACUUGAUCAAUCACAAACUUGCUUAUUUGAUUAGUAACAGAAAUAGUGCAGAACUUUAAGUAUUUCUGAAGCAAUUUUUCCAUAAAAUUGUAUUUAAAUUAGUCAAAAGCCUACAAGUUAGUUUUUUAAGGUUUAAAGGUGCCCUCGAAUGAAAAAUUUAAUUUACCUUGGCAUAGUUGAAUAACAAGAGUUCAGUACAAGGAAAAAACAUACAGUGAGUCUCAAACUCCAUUGUUUCCUCCUUCUUAUAUAAAU